UAACCAAGAUCUUUUCCGUUCCACUUAGUUCAAAAUUCACAUUAAAAUAAAAUCCAAAUUUCUUCUGCGUAAAAGUAAAAUAUUUGGUUAUGCGUCACAAGAAUGCAUCAAAAGUACAAUAGUAUAAUAUCCCAUACCAUAUCAAAGAAUGAGAUAGAUUUUCAUGGUUGUAAUCUACGUCGCUUGAGUUUUGAAAACUUCGCUAAUUCUUUCAACGUUCACUUUGACCCACCUCUCUAUAAAAGUCGUGAAGGUUAGUCAUGACGUCAUGAGUGACGCUCUCGCCGCGACUAUAACGAUCGUAGUUGAUAUGUGGAACGCCCAAAUGAGUAUUUCAGGCCCCGUGAACGCUUCGUGGAAUGCAUCGAUGCUGUACCAAAUCAAAUUAAUUUGCGUCUGUGAUAGGAACUUUGAAGGUGCAAGUAUGGGUAUAAUAUUUGGCAAAAAGAAGAAACCUACUAGAGUCACAGAACAAGAUAAAGCUGUACUUCAAUUGAAGCAACAACGGGAUAAACUAAAACAGUACCAAAAGAAAGUUGAAUUUACAUUAAGUACAGAUAGAGAAAUAGCAAAAAAGCUACUUAACCAUGGUCAGAAAGAUAGAGCAAAAUUAUUAUUGAAGAAAAAGAGAUUUCAAGAACAACUACUGAUCAAGUUAGAUGGACAACUAGAAAAUCUUGAAAAACUAGCUAGUGAUAUAGAAUUUUCACAAGUAGAAAUUCAGGUGAUAGAGGGUCUAAAAACUGGAAAUGAUGCUCUCAAGAAAGUCAAUGAAUCUAUUAUUAUUGAGGAUAUUGAACGUAUCUUAGAUGAAACAAAGGAAGGAAUUGACAAACAAAAUGAAAUUAAUGAACUACUUAGUGGCCAAUUAACUGAAGAAGAUGAAGCUGCUGUAGAAGAAGAGCUAGCAGCUAUAAUCAAUGAAGAAAUGCCUGCAGUGCCUUCUGAACAACCUCAGAUGGAAACACAUGAAGAUAUACUUGAAAAAGAGAAUAAACUACCAGAAAAGCUAAAAAAGACCGAAGAGAAAGAACGAAUUGCUGUUCUUGUCCAGUAACUAGUACCAGAAUUUUAAAAUAUCAAUCUUUUUAUGUAAAGUUAUUUUAAUAUCCAAAUAUAUUAAAAAUUUUAUAUCCAUACUUUUCAUUUUGCCAUUUCUAGCAUUGAAGCCAAUAAAAUGUCAGUAUUUAGUAAAA